UAUAUAUACAUAACGACAGCGAGCCGACAUCGGCUUACGAUCGCUGGCGAAUUUUAAAAGCAUGCGUGGCGGUCUGUCUUCGUUUCGGCUGCUCUGGAUAGUAGUCGAGUGGUUUGCCGUGUGCGCCCAAAUCCAACACGUCGAAGGAGUCAAAGCUGACCUUUGCGCCGGUGGCAGUGGUGUCGUAAAAGCAAGUCGGAGCGCCUCACUUGGCGCCAAAAUAUUGACCAAAUGUGGCCGUAACAUGGUUCUCAAGUACACUCUAACGCCCAAGCAGUUUCACAAGAUCCUGACAAAAACCUGCAUCGUGACGCGACUUUGCUACGCACGUAUUAACGUCCAAAAGAAUACAGAACAGUUUCAAGAACAGAUAACCAAUUGUUACAUUGAUGCUUCGAGGUGGAUCGUCAGAGCGAUACCGACUUCUUUCCACCGCACUACAACGUCUUCCGCAGUGACUGGGACUUCAGUGGAUUUCAAUAAAAAGGAGCUCUUCAGUGAAGAUAUAUGGAAGGACGUCGAACCAUUGACAGCCAGUAUCAAGAAGUGCUUGGUAAAUCAAAUGCCCAAGGACCAGGAUACAAUGCUCGGCAUCGUUCGCUACCUCAGGAUGUUCUUCUUCACAGCCUGAACACGUGCUUCAUGUGGCUACACUACCAACGUGAGAAACCGUCUUCAGCGACGUCCUAAUAUUAAUAAACUCACAGAUACUGGCAUGCA